AUGGAAAUAUUUGCGAGUCGUCAGCAGCCCCUCUUCCCUGCCGCCUCCAUGACUCCCGCAACUCCCACCGCCGGCGCUAACGCUGGCUUUAGCAAAACCGGUGGCGUCGGUGGGUUGGCGAGGUCCAUGCUGUUCGAGUCGCAACCUGCAUCGCAGAGGCAGCAGCAGGGCGGGGCUGCUGAUGAGGCGGUAACAACAGGUCACGGGUCGUCAAGGACCUCGCAGUCGGCCGUAGGGGCGGCGGAACCCGGCAGUGUUGACGGCAACAUGGAGGAGACGCUGCAACAGCAACCGUGGGUACCAGUGGGGGGCUCGUGGAAGGACGAGGAUAAUGUGUGUGGGUACUGGAGGUUUAGUGAGGGAGCCGCGGUUGUCGGAGAACUGGAGGAUGGGAAGCAGGUGGAGAUGAAGGACCUGACCAAGUAUGGGUCCACGGCGGUCGCGAGGGGGCAGGGGCUGACGUUCGAGACGACGUCGUCGCCGGUGGACCCCGGUGACAAAGGGAAAGUCGCCGAGGCGGUGGACGUGUGCUUCCCUUCCUUCCCUGACGAGGACGAGGUUAAGAAGGAUUCGGCGCCGUCUGCCGAGGAUCAAGGCCCGGUUCAGGUUCAAGACAGCAAUGACGUCACGAUUGCGGGAGGAUACCGACGAGGGGUGUUCGUGAGAGCCGCCAGGGGCUCGAGCAUUGACGUCGGGCUUUUCCACGACGACCAGCGGCGCAGCGUGGCUACGGUGGAAGUCUGGGUUAACGCCGGGAAGAAGGCAACACCCGCCGGCGACGAGGACAAUGAAGCCGGUGAAGAUGGUAAUGUCGACGAUGCUCCGGCCGAAGACGAGAUUGGAGAAAAGAAAGAGGCGUCGCCAGCAACAGCAGCGGAGGAGGAGCGACGGUUUCGCCAAGGGUUCCAUGUGCUGGCAUGCCGUGUGUCGGCGUCGGGUGAACACGUGUGGUCGUUGGUGGUCGAGAAUAACGGUCAGGUAGCCUUCAUCCCUGGGCCCGGAGGGCGGCGCGAUUUAGGACCCGGUUUCUACAACACCGUCGGCGAGGGUGAAGACGGGCUCGGCGGUGGAAGCGCCAAGAUUGGGGCUCUGAAGGAGGCUGUCUACACGGAGCCUGGGGCGUUUUCGUUGGACAAGUGGACUCACGUUGCGGUGUCAAUGGACACGUCGAGGGACGAGAGCUCGGCAGAAGUCCGGCUGUUUUUGGACGGUAUUCGGGUGGGCUUCGGCACGUGCAGGUUCAACAAGGUACAGCGAUUCUCUCUGUCGGACACGUGGAUGGUGCUCGGCCCAGAUCUGGUGGGGUGGAAGUUGUCGGAGGCAAGAGUGUGGGCCAUGCUCAGGGACGAAGAUGCUCUGCAGAGAAUGACAGGUUUGGGCUCCGGGAUUGUGAUCGCUCCACGGUUGAGGUCACCGGACUCACCUUUCAGUCGAGACCCACGUAAAGCUGCUCUGGCCGCCAGACACACACCUAACAAACCAAAGCAAGAGCAACAGCCGGGCAUGGAUGCUCUCGCCGCUCCAGCUCCUCCCCUAGACUUCGCGGCAUUUCCUGCAACGACGCAAGGGGAUGGGUCCGCCGCCCCCUUGCCCGCUGGGGAAUCCCAGCAGUCCAAUCCGAAGGUUGAAGCAGAAGGAGGAGCUGGAGGAGUUGUCAAGGAGAAGGGUUAUCCGGAGACCUCGGCCCCGGUUGUCGGCGAGGUCGCAGUCGGGGCACCGCAGUUGGGAACGUCAGGGUUUGCUUCGUUCCCGGCGGGAGGGACCCCGGCGGAGGUGACCAUGCCAAUGGCAGGGUUUGCGUCCUUCCCCGACAAGGGGAGUAUGCCAGAAGUCGUUUCCACGCCGACGGCGCCACCCGCCGCUGCGUCCUUCACGCACGCGUGGGCGAACUUCGAGGACAACAGAGGAAAUGUAGCAGGUGACACGAAGGAAGCUGAGUCAGAAGUGCGAUAUCCCGGCUUGAAGCUUGCCGUUGCGCCCCUCGCGACGCCAACAAAGUCGGACGUUUCUUCACUGGCGAACACACCCUCUUCGUCGUCGGUAACGGGGGGCAAGUUUGGUAUGUUGGUAUCCAAAUUCGGAGGAGAGGGGACGGAGGUCACCGUCAUUCGGGAGGGUGAAGAUCUUCGCACAUCCAAAACCGACAGAUUGACUUCUCAUCCAGAGGCGUUGACCCCAGUUUGUGUGACUGGUCAAGACGAUGUUGCCGAAGAGAGUGCGUCCGAUCAAGGAGCUAGCACUGCUGGCGGGACGGAUAACAAGGAAGCCGAUAACCCAGCAACGUUGAGCCCUGUGCCUGCGACUGGUGAAGAUGACGUUGCCGCGGAUGACGUUGCCGAGGAAGGUGCGACCGUUCAAGAAACAACAAGUGCUGGAGGGUCGGAAAACAAGGAAGCCGUUAACGCAACAGCGUUGAGCACUGUCUCUGCGACUGGUGAAGACGAUGUUGCUGAGGAAGGUGAGACCGUUCAAGAAACGACCAGUGCUGCCGAAUCGGACAACAAGGAAGCCGUUUACACAGAUGCGAACCCAGUAUCUGCGGCUAUCAGUGAAGAUGGUGUUGCCGAGGAAGGUGCGACCGACCAAGAAGCGAGCACUGCUUGUGGGGCGGAUAACAACGAAACCGUUGACGCAGCCGCAGGGACUCCUGCGGCUACAGACACAAAUCUUCAUGAUCAGUCAUGCGCUGCGGAGGUGGACGGAGAUGUGGCCGUUCAAGCAGAGGCUACCACUGUCCCGCCGGGAAAUGAUGAUCCCACACCUGUAGACGAGGGUAACCCCGCUAUAGCCCUCGAGGACGCUGAUCAAACAGAGAUGUCGAAGGUACCAACCUCAGAGUCUACCGAGGCAGCAAAGACAAUGUCUUCCUCUGACGGCAGCAUCAAACCCGUUACGGAAACGGGAGAUCCGACCACUCCAGGAGACCCGGCCACUCCAGGAGAUCCGGCCACUCAAGUUGAAGAAAACGUGAAAGAAUCGGACGACGACGAGUCCAGGCAAGACGCAACAGGGAUGGGGACCGUGAGAGUUUGCGACACCGAACAGGCCAACUCGGACAAGCACGAAGAGGAGGAGGAAGGUGGUGCACCUCCUGUUCAGGAGGAAGACCAUGCUCAGGCGAUACCGCUUGCGGGACCUACCACGCAGGUCUGCCCCCCAUCCGAGGAGGGGGGAGCGACGGGCGACGGAGGCGAGGGUGACCUGGAAACGUCGGAAACGUCGUCGACCCGGCUUGGCGAUUUAAACGACAAAGCGUUGCCCGCGAGCAACGCUGCUGGUACCUCGAGUCCGGCAGAGACGGCGGCAACUUCAGAUGUUGUCGAGCGGGAGCAAGCAACGACCAGCGAGGCCGCCAUUAGCACGCCGAUGUCGUUCUCUUCCGUAGCAAAGAAAAUCGCCCCGACCGAGGAGAAGACCGCAGCGCUAACACAAGACCCUCGCAAGGUCGCCAGUGUCGAGCAAGCGCCGCCGUCUUCAACAGGUCCAGCUGAGCACGCUGGGGAAACAGACGCCCUGAGCACGAGCCACGGUAGCGGUGUCACCAACGCCGAGCCAGAGUCAGGGUUGUCGACAGCGACAACCCCGGAAAACGAUGACUCGCCGCGCAACGGCGACAUCAAGGUGGGACCAACGCCACCGUCUCCGACAGCAGCUCCGGAAAAGAUCGAGACUAGCACCCCUGAGCCUGAGGAGUCAAGGGAUACGAUAGCGCCGCCGGCAGCGGCUGCUACUGACGCGGGUGGGGGGGCUGGUGGAGGCGGUACUGAAAUCCGCUCUCUUAUCCUGGCGGGCUCCAGAGGUGUGUUUUCGACGGCGGAACUAGCUGAGGGGCACGCCAGGUCACCGCUUCUUGGCUCCACCGGCACGGUUAUGAGCUUGGCAUCGUCGCAACAGAAGGUGGCUACCGUGGCGAUCGUGGACUUGUGGAAUGGGGGGGGCACGACAAGGUAUCCCAUCGGUUGCGUGAGCGCGAUUCUCAGCCCGCGAACAGAUGAGCAGAUCAUCGCUUUGCUUUCGGAGCGUGGGAUGCAGGUGUUCAGCGUGACCCACAGGGUUCGCAGGCGACACGUGGUGAUCAAGUCGUCCAGCGUGAGGCUGUGGAAGUGGAUCGACGACGAUGUGAUCGUCAUUGUCACCAAGGAGGAAGUGCUCCGGUGGGAUGUGCGAGGGACUUCCAUGCCGAAGAAGCUUUUCACGCGGAAUCGACCAUACAGCCCGUCCCCCACCGACGGCGCCAGCAGGGCUUACGACUACCAGUGCACGGCUGACGGCAGAUGGGGGCUGCUGUUCGUCGCCGACAAGGAGCGUUUGUGUGAUGGCUGCAGGCAUGAGCCGCACGCCACAACUCAGGACUGCUGUGCUUGCGAGACUUCGUUGCUGCUGGACCUUCACGACUUCAGUGGCAAGGCAAACACGCGUUGUUUCCGCGCCCUCGGUGCCUCCCUGUUGGACAUCCCGCACCGGCCAGCGGCGGAUGCGACACCCCCGGCGACGUCGCCGGGUGCGCCAAAUCGUUCGGAGGGGUUCUCGUGGGACAUGCCCUUGCUGGCGGCUGUUGUUCCAGACGCCGACACCGGCUUGAACCUCCUUCAACUGCUGCGGCUCGGCGACCGACAAGGCGGUGGUGGCGGUGAUGGCGACUGUCUUUGUUCGGCGGUCUUGCAGGAGGAUGGUCAACAGUACACCGGGCUUCGCCAACUCCGGCGAAGCCUGAGGGAAUCGAAGCUGCCCGCUGUGCCGUACACAAUCUUACCUUGGAGACCGGCGCCAGGAAUAGACCUUAUCGUCGUUGUGACCCUCGCGGGGGCAAUGACGGUUUUCAAGAUUGAGCCCGAGGCCGCAGCUUUGACGAAGGUUUCGCACGACGGGCAGGCGUUUCCUGCGGGGGUUGUUGAAGUCGAGGAAGACCCGCUCCACGGGGAACUAGUGGUGCUGUCUGCCGCGACCGGGGAGGAUCGGACCUGGGUGGUUUCUCGAGCAUCCAAGGCGGUAUCCUGACGUUUUUUUCGCUCAGUUAGCUGCUUUUUCGCGGUCCCGCGAGAUGUGGGGCAACUAUGAAAUCGGCGUAGUCUGCGGGGUUGGUUUUCGGCGUGUCGUACCGCAGCAUCGGGGUUGGAUCGUUCGAUUCGCCAGCGAUAUGGAGAGUCACACCAGGGGCGUAUGCUCGGGCAGCAGAAGAUGUGGAUGGUUACAAUAUUGUUGUAUUUAUCGCAUGUUGCACUCUCUUCCUAGUUCCCCGACAAAUAGCGGGUUUGAAGCGUCGGCAGCUGUACUUGAACGAUUCCUGUGGUACAGAACACACCUGUGUGUGUCUCUACAAAUCUCACGCAUGUACUAGUCUAUAACGUUUACAGCAGUAUUUUCUUUGCGUUUGGGCGCGGACGUUACAUACGUCAGUGCAACAAGCCCGUUCGUUCUCGACUAACUCUUGUCUGUUGGAUUGGCCGGGCUAACCUGUAUUGUAUGCAUACGAUCCUGUAGAAUGUAGAAUAGAUUGUAUCAGAAAACAGGGACGAUUGAGAGGCACGAUUGCCCGUACUUGAAGUAGAUUUGUUUCCAACUUCCAACGCGUGAGCCGUACAGCAGUAUGAGCCGUACAGCAGUACCGAAGUAGCUUGUAGAGCAACCAGUGCGCGACCCAAUUUGGCUACGUAGUUAGUUGGGCCGGGCUGUAGACUAGAUAAA